GUUCAACAGGGCUUAGUAGGCUGACAGAAGUGAACAUGCCAACAUCGUGUGCCGCGUAUGGAUGUUCGCACAGGCGAACUCUUGAAAAUCGACAACGCGGGAUUACCUUUCACAGGAGCCAAAUAAAGCGAGGUCAACAAGAGCAGCAAAACAAGCUGGAGAGGCUGUUUAUGAUCCCGGACCGGGUUCUGUUAUUCCCAAACCUGUGAGCUCAUCAACCUUUGUUUUGCUGGAGCAUGCAUUAGAAGCCUUAAAUGAACGAGGUAUCAAAGUGCUCUGUGUGGCAAUGGACGGACAUACAACAAAUAUCAGCAUGUGCACUAUGCUUGGGUGCCAGCUAAAGCUGCAGUCUUCAGAGUCUUUGAAAACACAUUUUGCCCACCCUUCAACAGUCUGACAAGGAGAGCGGAGCUGCAGGAGCAGAUGGAGAGUCGCAGAGAGCAGAUGAGGAACCAGAAGAAGAAGCAGGCAGAGGAGUCUGACGCUGCUCUAGAAAGGAACGCUGAGCUGCUCCAGGAUUUACAGAAGAUAGAGGAUCGUCUCAGAGGAAGGCAGCUGCCACGCCCUGAUGUCCUCGCUCUUGAGACCAGAUACUGGACGUCCGUAGAGGAGUCAAUCCCAGCCUGGGAGAACUUCCUGCUUGGAAAAGGCCCCCACCCUACUGAUGGUCUAGAGCAGCCACCCAGGAGGGCAAAACAGAAACCCAGCACAGCUACAGACAGAGGCCUGCCUCCUCGUCCCAAACCCAGGACUGGUCGAUAGGUGAGGGGUGAUGGUGGUUGUGGUGUACAAUUUUCAUUAGAGAAGAAGAGACUCAAUUUGCCACGUGUGGCUGAGGAUCAUAUACCAGAGUACACAGCCUUAAUGUUGAGUUAAGGCUUUGAUGAACAGACCUCAAGUGCUACUGGACCAUUUCCAUUCUGGACUUCAUAUUUUAUGUUUGUAUUGCUAUUUUUAAACCACCAGAGGGUGCCAGUGUCAUAUGUAUAGUGUAUAGUGAAGCGUUUGUGUCCCACAUGCAUCAGUACCACUGAAAGUUCCAGAGUUCAACAACGGGCACUAACCUUGUCAUCUUUUUACACAUUGAGGACUCAAAUUGUGCCCUGGGCAUCACACCCAAGUCACUGUUUUAUCUGAUAAUUCUUCAUUUACGUAGUAAUAAAAAAGUUAAUGAGAGCAGGCUCAAAGGUCUGAAACCAAGCUACCUGUAAAGGACCGUUUUUAACCCUAUAUUCAAUUUUUUUGCUAUUCUUUGGUUCAAAUAAUACGUUUUUUUUGUUGAAUAACACAACGAAAACUAAAACCUUAAAUCUAUAUCAUUAUCUUUAAGGUGUGCAAUAAUUCUUUAAAUCUGGAUUUUGUCCACCACUGAUUUCUUCUAAAGGCCCUGCAAAGCACCAGGAAUGUAAUCAAAUACAGUCAGGGAAAAGGCCAAAAGGAUAUUAACUUCUGUCACAGGAAUAAUUCAGCUGUGGGAAGUAUUAGUGGUUUAUGUAGAAGAGGCAUGUGCCACAUGUACAUAAAAAAACAAGUUUCAGUACUCUUUAAACCAGCAACAAAGCACGACACCGAAGGGAUUAAAAUAUCCACGACUUCAAAACUUUUACACUUGAGAAAUUUUGCAUUUUAUGGUAAACAGCAAAUGCUUUUUUGUUAGAUAUUUUAUGGGAAUUUGAAAUUUCUUUAUGAAAUUUUUUUAUUUUUUUAUUGUGUUUGGAGGACUUGAAUCUACAGUGGACCAUUACUGUGACAGCACUCGGUUUAUGUAUAUUGUACAUAUUGUAUAUAUUGUAUGUAUUUGUUGUGAAUUAUGUUCACAGAUUUCUGAAUGGAAUAGAUGGCUAGACAUGAGUGCUGUCACUAGGGGUGUGAAUCUCUCCUUCUCAAGACGAGUCGACUCAAAUCUCGAUUCACAGACUACGAUUCGAUUCACUGACGAUUCAUUAAAAUACAGAACGAUUCAGUGUGAUCCGAUUCGGUUCAGUCUGAUUUGAUCCGGUACAAUCUGAUUAUUGAAUUAAAAUAGCUUUUUGCCUUAACAGAAAUGUGCAGAAGAAGGGAAAACAAGAUAAUUUCAUACUAAUCCAACUUUA